AAAAGAAUAGAAAGAAGUGUAAAAAGUAAACAAACUGAACCCAAAAAACAAUAAAUUAAACAGACAAAAUUGCCAAUACAUGACAGUUAUACCAAAGUUAGGUUGUUCAUUGAGUUACAACAAUUGUCAAAUAUACUAAAAAAAGGCCCGAGAAAAUGUUCGACAAUUGACUGAUUAAACUUUUGAUACGAUAAAUUAUUGGUGAACUUAGACAUCAGCAAUUAAGUAAAAAGGUAGACAAGAUUCUUGACAAACUUGAACUUGAUUUGUUAUGAAAUGUGACUAGAAAAGAAGAAAUUGUCGAAAGAAAAUUGUCGAUCUUACUAACUUAUAUAAAAUGGUUUAUCCUGAUAUCCCAAUCAUUCAGUGAUCAACAUUCGUCUUAACCAUUAGGAUUAAAUUUAUAAGCAUUAAGUUAAUAUAUAACUCUCCAUCGAUUCCAUCCAUAACCAUAAGGAAAAGUGUUAAUUUAUUUUCAUCAUUUAAAAUCCUUUACUUUCAACUAAACCUUCUUUUCAUUUGUAACCAUGAGAUCAUUAUUAUUCACCUUAACACUAUUCAGUGUUAUACUUUUAGUUGUUGCUCAUCACCACCGUUGCCACCGUGAGAGGAAACACCAAUGUUGUAAAAAGGAAGUUCAUCAUCAUCAUGAACAUGAAGGUCACAAGGUUCAUCACAAACAUGCUCAUGGACACGGACACAAGCACGGUCACCAUCACCAGAAUCAUCAUCACCAUCAUCAUACAGGAGGUGGACAUGGACACGGUCAUCAUCAUGAUGACCACGAUGAACAUGAUGAUCACCAUGAACAUAAAUCUAGUAAAUCUAAUCAAAAACCAGAGCAACAUGUGAGUAGCGGAAAGAUAGGCAGCAAAGGACCCAUUGCAAAGGACCCAUUGCUAUUGUACUUCAAGGCGAUAAUGCUGGAAAGUUAUUGGAAAAUGUUUUGA